CAGAAAGCAAGCGGCAACAACCCUUGGAGAGAGACUAAGUUUUCUUGACUUCUACAGUGACAGAGAGCUUGUGAAAGUUGGUACUUCUGGCCUGCGCUGCCAUCAUUCUACCACCCAGCCCAAGACGCCCCAGGCUGGACAUUAGUGCCUCCCUCUUUAUUUCUCUGUCAUCAUCCAGAUCAGCACCUGACUGUUUAUUUUCAAAUCUCACAAACCCAGCCCCCAGAUCUUCAUGUUCUGGUUCUCAGCUACUGUUGAAGGUCUCCAGCAGACAGUUCAUUCAUUCAGUAAAUAUGUGUUGAGGGACUGACAGUAUAGACAAUGAAAAGAGUCAGCGCCUCUGCCACCAUAGAGCUUACAUUCUGGUGGGAGAUAAAUACAAUGAACAAACAUUUUGUACAUCAGAGUGUGGACAGUGACUUGUGACCACCACAACAGCAGAUCCUGCCUUCCUCAGCUGAUCUCCAGUCAGCUCCUGAUAUCGCCACCCCUCCUCCCAACCCUUGUCUCCUCUUUUGGCCUCCUAAAUGCCCAUCUCGUUGGCCUGGGUUCAACUGGUGGUAUGGAGGGGUGCUGCCCAGCACUGACCUAGGAGUGUGUGUUACCCACUGACCCAAUGGACAUCAAAGGCCAGUUCUGGAAUGAUGAUGAUUCGGAGGGAGACAAUGAAUCAGAGGAAUUUCUCUAUGGAGUUCAGGGAAGCUGUGCAGCUGACCUGUAUCGGCACCCACAGCUGGAUGCAGACAUUGAAGCUGUGAAGGAAGUCUACAGUGAGAACUCUGUAUCCAUCAGAGAAUAUGGAACUAUCGAUGACGUGGACGUUGACCUCCACAUCACCAUCAGCUUCCUGGAUGAGGAAGUUUCUACAGCCUGGAAGGUCCUCCGGACAGAACCUAUUGUGUUGAGGCUGCAGUUUUCUCUCUCCCAGUACCUUGAUGGACUGGAACCAUCAAUUGAGGUUUUCCAGUCAUCAAAUAAGGAAGGAUUUGGGCUGGGUCUUCAGUUGAAAAAAAUCCUGGGUAUGUUUACAUCCCAACAAUGGAAACAUCUCAGCAACGAUUUCCUAAAGACCCAGCAGGAAAAGAGGCACAGCUGGUUCAAGACAAGCGGUACCAUCAAGAAGUUCCAAGCUGGCCUCAAUAUCUUCUCACCCAUCCCCAAGUCUCCCAGUUUCCCUAUCAUACAGGACUCCAUGCUGAAAGGCAAACUGGGUGUACCAGACCUUCGAGUUGGACGCCUCAUGAACCGUUCCAUCUCCUGCACCAUGAAGAACCCCAAAGUGGAGGUGUUUGGCUACCCUCCCAGCCCCCAGGCAGGUCUCCUGUGUCCCCAGCACAUGGGCCUCCCUCCCCCAACACGGACCUCUCCUUUGGUCAGUGGUCACUGCAAGAACAUCCCCACUCUGGAAUAUGGAUUCCUUGUCCAGAUCAUGAAAUAGCAGAGAAUCCCAACAUUGAAUGAGUACUGUGUUGUAUGUGAUGAGCAGUAUGUCUUCCAGAAUGGGUCCAUGCUCAAGCCAGCCGUCUGUACUCGUGAACUGUGCGUUUUCUCCUUCUACACAUUGGGAGUCAUGUCCGGAGCUGCAGAGGAGGUGGCCACUGGAGCAGAGGUGGUGGAUCUGCUGGUGGCCAUGUGUAGGGCAGCUUUGGAGUCCCCUAGAAAGAGCAUCAUCUUUGAGCCUUAUCCCUCUGUGGUGGACCCCACUGAUCCCAAGACUCUGGCCUUUAACCCUAAGAAGAAGAAUUAUGAACGACUGCAGAAAGCUCUGGAUAGUGUGAUGUCCAUCCGGGAGAUGACCCAGGGCUCGUAUCUGGAAAUCAAGAAGCAGAUGGACAAGCUGGAUCCCCUGGCUCAUCCUCUCUUGCAGUGGAUCAUCUCUAGCAACAGGUCGCACAUUGUCAAACUACCUCUCAGCAGGCUGAAGUUCAUGCACACCUCACACCAGUUCCUCCUGCUGAGCAGCCCUCCUGCCAAGGAGGCUCAGUUCCGGACUGCCAAGAAGCUCUAUGGCAGCACCUUUGCCUUCCAUGGGUCCCACAUUGAGAACUGGCAUUCGAUCCUGCGCAAUGGGCUGGUCAAUGCAUCCUACACCAAACCAGGAAUGGGAAAAGGACAGUAUAGGAUGCCCUCCAAAGAUGAGCUCGUCCAGAGAUACAACAGAAUGAAUACCAUCCCCCAGACCCGAUCCAUUCAGUCAAGGUUCCUGCAGAGUCGGAAUCUAAACUGUAUAGCACUUUGUGAAGUGAUUACAUCCAAGGACCUCCAGAAGCAUGGGAACAUCUGGGUGUGCCCUGUGUCCGACCAUGUCUGCACACGGUUCUUCUUUGUAUAUGAGGAUGGUCAGGUGGGCGAUGCCAACAUUAAUACUCAGGACCCCAAGAUACAGAAGGAAAUCAUGCGUGUGAUCGGAACUCAGGUUUACACAAACUGAGGGGGCCCUAGCCCUCGUACCACCCCUGUUCCCCCAGGAUCCAACUGCCCUCAUAAAAGGGCUCAGGAGCAGCAGACAAGUCUGCCCUGAGGAAUCAAGGGGCCAUUACUAAGGGGCAGGAAAAAGAUAGACGAGGCGGCCUUCAUGGUGGAGAUUGACCCAGGAACCACUCCACAUUUGGAUGGCCCAGACUGACUCCUUACCCCGAUUUUCCCAGUUGACUUCACCCUGUUUGUAAAUAAAACAAUAAAAUGGAA